AUGGCUCUAUUAUCCAAUCAUCAUAGCGAUUAUCAAUCCUGCUCCUCGGACAUGUUAACGUCCACUUAUUCGACAUCAACUGGAAGGACGUAUGAUCCACUUUAUCCUUCGCCAUAUAAUUCGCCAAAUUGCGAACACGUUAAGACAAUGUACGGGGAGAAUUAUGUGUACAAAGGUGAAUUAACGCCACGAAGAGAACUUGAGAAUCUUGAUUAUGCGAAAAAUUUGGAAACAGAGUAUUCGAGAACACCUGAGGGAUACGAAAGAGGACCUUGUGGUGUUUUGACACCCGUUACACCACAACGAUACGAGAGUCAACAUCAAAUGGAUCAUGGAAUGUCACCUAGAACUACCUUGUACGAGGAUAAUUCAAUGGAAUAUCAUCCGACGGCUUACUGUUAUGAGAAUCUCGCACAAAAACCUAAAUAUCAAUCUAUGGAGAGUGACAAGACAGUUUGUACGAUUGUCGAGUCGCGAAGAAAUUGUUGGGACGCGAUAUCAUCAACGAAAAAUCAAUCAUCUCCUACGACACAACCAAGAAGAGGAAGACGACGUUCGAGCGAUGUACCCCCAUCACCAAGUGUUCUCAAAAGGCGUAGAUUAGCUGCGAAUGCACGGGAGAGACGUCGCAUGAAUGGUUUGAACGACGCCUUUGAUAAAUUGCGCGAGGUUGUACCAAGUUUAGGAGCCGAUCAUAAGCUCAGUAAAUUUGAGACUCUUCAAAUGGCUCAAACAUACAUCGCCGCACUUUGUGAAUUACUCGAAAAACACGAUGGAAAAAGAUAA